AUGGCUGUAACCGGAAAGUUGAUCAUGUACGUAGACAUCAAUUCACGUGGAGACUUGUUCCAUGAUAUGCUUAGGCAUAAACCACACGACCUCGCUUCCAUUUCACCUGAUAAAGCUCAUGGUUGCGACGUCGAUGGUGAAGCAGGAGCUGUUGGCUCCGUUCUUUGCUGGAACUAUACCCAUGACAUUGACGAGAAAAAGCACAAGAUCGUGUUCAACGCAAUUGGAGGAGAUCUUCUGGGAGACUUGUACAAGUCCUUCAAGCUCGUAUUUCAUGUUGAACCAAAGGAUAAUGGAGAGCUGGCUAUUUGGACCUUUGAGUUUGAGAAGUUGAAUAUAAGUGUUCCUUAUCCAACUACCUUCAUGGACUAUAAAUAUAAUUAUAUGUUGGGUACGUGUUAUUAG